CUCCGAAUCGUACGGUCGCGACACAGCUGACAAAAGCUCCGGGUGCUCGCACGUACACGUUCAGUGCCAACGAGUGUUAGUUGCAUUAGUUAAAUGUUCGUCGCCAGUAUGGUAUUGUGACCGAAUUCGAGGAAAAUGUCCGCUCGCUUCUGUUUCUGCUCCUUCCUGCUGCUCGUCGGAAGUUCGUCGAGUUCCGGCGAGUACUUCGCCACCGAUUCCUCUUCGCAACCUUUGAAGUACGAAGCGCCGGACGAUUGCCAAUGGUGGAUCCGCGAUGGCCAGGAGGAGGUGUCUUUGACUUGCAAUCUACGCACGAUCAACAGCGAAUUCGACACCACCAACUUCAGCGUCAUACCGUCCGAGCACACCACGUCCCUUCGCAUCGAGUGCAACGGCGACAUCAUGUCGAGGAGCAGCCUGGACGACAAGAGCUUCGUUCACCUGACGAAGCUGAGAGCGUUGGAGUUGGAAAAUUGCAAGCUGGGCAGGUGGCCGUCCGGUACGCUGCUCGGUUUAAGGGAUUUGCGGAAUUUGACCAUCAAAACUCACAACACCGAUUGGCCCGCCAUGAAUUUGGACUUCGCCCGCGACAGUUUCCUGCCGGUGCGACAAUUGGAACGGUUAGAUUUGAGCUGCAAUAACAUUUGGUCGUUUCCCGAGAACAUAUUCUGCCCGUUGAUUAACUUGGUGCAUUUGAACGUGAGUGAAAAUCGACUGCAGGACGUUAGUGACUUGGGUUUCCGCGAAAAAGCUCCGGGUUUGCCGCAACCUUUGAUUAGCGUAGCAGAAGAUGAUCACCAACAGCACACCGAAGCGGCCAGAACGCUAACGAAUCCUUGUAACUUAGACAUACAGGUAUUAGAUACUUCAUAUAAUCAUUUCGUGUUGAUACCUGCUACUGGAUUUAGCGUUUUGCGUAGAUUGCGUGAAUUGUACAUUCACAAUAACGAAAUAUCGAUGGUAGCCGAUCGAGCUUUGGCCGGCCUAAAAUCCCUGCAGGUAUUCGAUUUGUCUAAUAACAAAGUCGUCGCCUUGCCAUCGGAAUUAUUCAAAGACAGCGUAGGGUCUAUCAAAGAAAUUUACUUGCAAAACAAUUCGAUAAGCGUCUUGGCUCCAGGAUUGUUCGCUAAUUUGGAGCAACUUCUCGCUUUAGAUCUCUCCAGAAAUCUGCUAACAAGUUCCUGGAUAAACGCAGAUACGUUUUCGGGAUUGAUUCGCCUAGUUCUGCUAAAUUUAUCUUACAACCGAAUCAGCAAAUUAGAUCCAACGUUCUUCAGGGAUCUUUACACUUUGCAAAUAUUAAAUUUGGAGCAUAAUUCUUUAGAAACGAUUCCGGCGGAUACUUUCGCGCCCAUGAAUAAUUUACACACGUUGAUACUAUCCUAUAAUAAAAUCACGUAUCUGGACGCUUUCUCUCUAAACGGUCUCUACGUAUUAUCCUUGCUUGCGCUAGAUAACAAUGUGCUCGAAGGCAUCCAUCCCGAAGCCUUUAGAAAUUGUUCGAGUUUACAAGACCUGAAUUUAAAUGGGAAUUUAUUAAAAUCCGUGCCGUUAGCUUUGAAAGAUAUGAGACUUAUGAGGACGGUUGAUUUAGGCGAGAACGUCAUCGAAUCGCUAGAGGAUCCCGGAUUUAGAGGUAUGAGUAAUCUGUACGGGUUGAGAUUGAUAGGAAAUAAAAUCAGUAACGUCAGCAAAAGGAUAUUUUCCGAUUUACCUGCAUUGCAGAUCUUGAAUUUAGCUAGGAAUCGAAUACAAAAAGUCGAAAAAGGCGCCUUACAAUAUAGCCCUAAUCUCCAAGCUAUCAGACUAGAUUCUAAUCAACUGACCGACGUUAGCGGAUUAUUCGCAGAAAUACCUAGUUUAUUGUGGUUGAAUAUCUCCGACAAUCGCAUUGAGUGGUUCGAUUACGCUUUAAUUCCCAGAGGAUUGCAAUGGCUCGACAUGCAUAAAAAUAACAUUAAAGAGCUUGGUAACCAUUACAAUUUAGAUUUCGAAUUGAAACUACAAACGCUCGACUGCAGUUUUAACAAACUUACAAGAAUCCACGCAGCGGCUGUUCCAUCCAACAUCGAACUGCUAUUUUUAAACGACAAUUCCAUUACCACAGUGGAACCUCACACCUUUCUAAAGAAAACCAAUCUAACGAGAGUCGAUUUAUAUGCCAAUCAAAUAGUCAGCAUGGACCUGAACGCGCUUAGGUUAACUCCAGUCGAUCCGGAGAAACCGCUGCCGGAAUUCUACAUAGGCGGUAACCCGUUCCAAUGCGACUGUACCAUGGAGUGGUUGCAGCGCAUCAACAAACUCGACCAUCUCCGGCAACAUCCCAGAGUCAUGGACUUGGAGUCGAUUUACUGCAAGCUGCUUUACAACAGAGAAACCAACUACCUGCCCCUGAUCGAGGCCGAGUCAUCGCAAUUUUUGUGCACCUACAAGACCCAUUGUUUCGCCCUGUGUCACUGCUGCGAUUUCGACGCUUGCGACUGCGAAAUGACCUGUCCGACUAAUUGCACUUGUUAUCACGAUCAGUCCUGGUCGGCGAACGUUGUGGAAUGCUCCGGAGUAGGUUACACGGAGAUGCCCAGCAGGAUACCUAUGGACGCUACUGAAGUAUAUUUGGACGGUAAUAAUUUCGGCGAAUUGUCCAGCCACGCGUUCAUCGGCAGGAAGAAUCUGAAGGUGUUGUACGCUAACAAUUCGAACAUAGCGGCUGUGUACAAUCACACGUUCAGCGGAUUGAAACGUUUGACUGUGCUUCAUUUGGAAAACAAUCACAUAAUCGUGCUAUUAGGAUUCGAAUUGGCUAGUUUGGAGUAUCUGAAAGAAUUAUACCUGCAGGGUAACAUGAUCACAUACAUCGAUAACAGAACGUUUCUACCGUUAAAGCAAUUAGAAGUGCUAAGAUUGGACGGUAAUAGAUUGUAUUCGUUCGAAGUUUGGCAACUGACGUUGAAUCCUUACUUGGUCGAAAUCGGAUUGGCUUACAAUCAAUGGUCUUGCGAUUGCAGUUACGUAGCGAAAUUCAAAACUUGGUUGCAGGUUAAUUACGGCAAAGUCGAGGACGCCAAUAAAAUAACUUGCAUGUAUAAUAACGUUACUAAAGCGCUCGGUCCCAGUAUAUCGGAUUUUAACGGAACGUCUUGCGUGAACGUGUUCUCCGGCAGCAACAGGGCCGUAGUGGAAACUCAAGCGAUGAACGAUUACCUACCCUUGUUGUUAGUAACCAUGUGCGUAUUCAUAGCGAGUGUCGUCAUUGUUUGCGGCGCGUUUUACUACAGAAGAGAGCUCAGAGUGUGGAUUUACUCCAGAUGCGGACUCAGAAUGUGCUACAAAACCACCGCUUUCGAGGAACAACAGGAUAAAGACAGGUUAUUCGACGCGUAUGUGAGUUACAGCGUUAAAGACGAGGCGUUCGUGAGUCAAGUAUUAGCGCCCGGAUUAGAAGCCACCGAUCCGGGUUACCGGUUGUGCUUGCACUACAGAGACUUCAACGUAUCAGCGUACGUGGCCGACACGAUCAUCGAAGCGGUCGAAUCGUCGCGCAGGACUAUAAUAGUUUUAUCGAAGAAUUUCAUACACAACGAGUGGUGCCGGUUCGAAUUCAAAAGUGCAUUGCACGAGGUGCUCAAGGACCGCCGCCGCCGGUUGAUAUUCGUGGUGACGGGCGAGCUGCCGCAGCGCGACCUCGAUCCCGAUCUGAGGCUCUACCUGAAGACCAACACCGUCAUCGAAUGGGGCGACAGGCAGUUCUGGCAGAAGCUGCAAUUCGCCAUGCCGGACGUCCGCCGGCCGUGCGUCCACCAGCGGUCGUCGGUGAACAUCUACGCGACGGCGACGCCCUCGCAUUUGGGCGACAGGGAGAGGAGCCCGGCUCUGCCGCCGCCGCCGCCGCCCGGCAAGCUGCCGCCGUUCCUGCAGCACUCCUCGAGCCUGCCGCGCGACGGACGAUCCACCAUGCCGCAUCCCUUGUGGGCGUAGCGGAUGUUUUUUAGCAGCGUCGAAUGACGAAUUAUUGACGAAUAAUUAAGGCUUGUGGACUGAAUUGGCAAAAGACUUAGACGUCGAGGACUCGCAUGAUGAGGAAUCGAAGACUUAUAUAAAAUGAACUGCCGCUAUUAAUGAUAACUGUGAUAUGUAA